UGACUCAAGCACGUAUACGGGGGAGCUGCUGAUUGUAACCGCGAGGCAGACUUUCUGGAGCAGAGAUUGGGCCAUACCAUUCAGUGCCGCGAUCCCUACGGGUAACCUGCUGCUGAUAUACAUAUAAUCAUUACAGCGAUUCUUCCUCAUCGGGCAUCGAUCCGCAGUAUCCAGGCAGCUGUGGGAAUCUAUCUGCUGCAUCGCUGUUUAUAGCAGAGUUUCUCUUUUUUUUGAAGGUGAGAGCUCAGCACCUAAGGGUGCUAUGCCCACAGAAAUCAUGAAUGCAGUGAGGAUGCAGCCUAUCUCUGAGCUGCAGCACCACAGCCCUGUGGUGCCCAUCAGGCUACUGACCAGGGGCCCUGAAUAUCUGCGUCGGCAGAUGGAGACUGGGACACCAAGGGCCACCCUCAGCGCAGUGGAAAGGUUGGCAGCAGAUAAGGCGAAAUAUGUAAAGAGCCACCAGGUAACCUCUGGGGGAAGCAGCUCUGGCAGCCAACACAAUGCCCGGGACAGUUCCGCAUCAGAGAGCAGCAGCGGUGCCAGCUCACAGGGCAGCAGCUGUAAGAAAAGUCAGCCGGAGGGUUUAUCCCCACCAAACCACCCAAGACCCCAAAUUGCAGCUACUCCAAAUCAACCUGGAGCCCCAAUCCGACGAGGCAGUGGCAAGAGACAGAUGCGCCCAGACUCCUUGGUCAUCUACCGUCAGAAGAGUCGAGGGGAUGGCAUUAUUGAACAAACACGUGCCAGCUUGGUGAGGAGAUUCUUUCAGGGCAAUGUAAGGGAGAAGACAAUGGUUGUGCCCCUUUCCCUUGCAGAGACCAAAGUUGAUGGAGAGGAGAAGCCCAUGGUUAAACAAUGUCAGGACCUCCGCGGAACUGGACUUCACCGCUCACAGUCUGACAUCAGCUCCCGUUAUUCACGCUCUUUCUCAGAAUUUGAAACGUUCUUUAAAUAUUGCGGACUAGAACCUGAAGUGAUCGAGGAGCUGGGCAAAGAAAGGUUCAGCUCAGCUGAGGAAGAUUUGCAAGAUCUUGCAAUGCAACAGCACCGUAUCCGCAGUGUUAGCGUGGCCACAUCAGAGAGUGGCUUCAGCCACAAAAGCGGAGAAGGCAGCGCAGGGGGUCUUCAGGAGGACGAGCAACUAAGUGGGCAGCUGCCGACAAGCACCAACAACACUUCAGUAGUCGAGCGUAAUGCCAGGAUUAUCAAGUGGCUAUAUAGCUGCAAGCGAGCAAAGGAGGCACGUGGUGGAUCCCCCGACCUGCCCUGAAUCACCGAACAUUGUAACACCAGGAAUGUGCAUGAAAAUUCAGGGCUUCCAAGUGUGAAGCCCAUUUCUUCUUCAGUAUUGUGCCAUGGCUAUUAGACAUUAAGUAUUGUGGUGUUGGCCACUGAUCUUGUUUCUUCAACCACUGGAAAAUAUACCAAGACAGCCAAAGAAGAAAAUGUCAUUCUGGUUCCUUAUUGCAACAGGUCUAUCCAGAUCUCCGACCAGGACGGGGCUUUGACCCUUGCAUGGCAGGCCUAGGAAAGCUUCUUGGCUGCAGUUUGAUUUAUUACUAAACAGUAUAAACUGGCACCACACUGUUUUUUUUCUUACCUCAUUUCAUAAUAGUGCCAAAGUUCCCAUUAUUCCUCAGAUCCAAAAUGACGCCCGACUUCAAGGAAAAGCCUAGGAGAUAUAAAAAGGACUUCAGAAAACUAUUUUUACAUUCUGUUUCUAUGCAGACCAGAUUGGUGCUACCAGAAACAGCGGCAGCAACAGUCGUCUUGGGGAUUUGAUUGUAGAAAAUUGUUACCGCGAUACGGUGUAAUAAGAACGUGAACAGUCUAAGCAUGUUCUUGAUUGUCGUGUUGCAUUAGAACGUUAA